AUGGACCUCAUCCGCCGCCGCUACUCGUCGACGACCGCGGCCCCUUCAGGGCGCGCAAAUGGUGCCGCUCGCCCUCGAUCGUCCGCCUCUGGAAUCAGCUCGGCCGACUAUGGAGGCGCAGGCAAGACCGAGCCCCUGAGGAAACGUGUCUCGAGCGUGUUCAGUCCGCUGAGGAAGCGCGCGUCCGUUGCCUCAGGGGCGUCGUACGCGUCGUCGAGCGAGGCGGCAGAGACGAGCGUCGUCGCGGGGAAUGUCGCGGCGCUCGGCUACCUCAUCCGCGAGCAAGACUCGGACACGGAGUCGACUGACUCGAUCGACGACAUCCGCAGACCGAGCGGACUGGGACGUACCGCGUCCUUCUCGUCCGACCGGUCUCCUCCCUCCUUCGCGUGGACGUUGGAGUCGACGGAGCAGCAGGACCAACCGCGACUGCACCACUCAAUCAGCUCUCCAUCCCUCCUCCAUGGCCUCGCGGAACGCAUACGCAGCGCCCGGGAUCGUAGUCCAGGCGUAAACUCCCUCGUGCCGCGCUUCCCCCUCCCCCCACGACACCGCGUAUUCGACGUCCCGAUGGAGGUCCUCAUAUGCAUCAUGUCGCACCUUCCGCGCGAGAGCGUCGCCCGCGCGGCCGUCGUCGCGCGGGGUUUCUCAGAGGCGGCGCAGAACGUGCUAUACGGGCGCAUUGACUUGCGCACCGUCCGUCCUUCCAGACAGCCCCAGCUGCUCGCGCUGCUCGCCAGCCGUCCGCAGCUAACCGAGCUGGUACGGACCUUCAUCUGCCACAACUGGCCUGAGACCGAGCCCCCAGACGAGGACAGCAGCGUCACCUCUCAUCCCCCGGCACUCGCGCAUCUCGCGAUCGCGCUGCAAAAUAUGCCCAACCUGAUCACCCUCGCCCUUCCCUCGUUCGACGUGGAUGUGCUUCGGCGACAUACCGCCUUCGGACUGCGGAAUCUCACGUUCUUCGACACGGUCAUGGCGAAGGAGCACCGGCAGGCGCUGUUCAAUUGGCUGGAUGGUCAGAUCAACAUUGUCACCUUCCGACUACCAGAGCUAUUCGACGAGGCGCAGGAGGGAGAGAAGUCUGGCCCACCGCAGACGUCACUAAGCGCUCCGACACAUGCCCUCCUCGCCAGCCCUCUGCUAUCCCCCGUCUCCCCAUCGACUCCCAUCUCGCCAAUGUCCCCCACCUUCUCUGUGCGUGGCCCCGAACCCUACUCCUACGAAUCGCCAACGUUGCUGCCUGCGCUGAGAACGUUGCAUGCUCCUCCUUCUCUCGCCGCUUCGCUGGCUCCAUCAAGACGUCUGCGGCGCGCAACAGUCAAUGUAGAUGCCACGCUAUACACUGGUCUGCGGCCAGCCGCUCUCGUUGCCCCUCUGAAGGGCGUCCAGCAUCUCGGGUUGAGAUUCGGGCGUCAUGUAGAUAGGAGGUCGAUGGAGAAGGUGCUGAGUGCAGCAGGCGCGACGCUGGGUGGAAUGAAGAGCGAAAGCCCGCUCGAAGACGCUGAACCAGUAGAGGGCCUUCAGUCCCUGACUGUGUACAUCACAUCCCCUGAUCCUGGCGUUGACGAGGUCCUUUACAAGAUCAUACACUCCGUCAUCUCACGCUACUCCCACCUGACCUCCUUGGCGCUUAACUGCGUGCCAGUCACAGACGAAGACUUCGCCGACUUUCGAUCCGGCAUGUCGACACCAGACUCGGCGCGCCCUGGCUCCCCUGGCAUGGCGUCUUCGCUCAUGGAACGUCCUAGCAGCGUCAUGUUCCCCUCCCACGACCUGGUGUCCACGCCGAUCCUCAGCACGGCACCGAUCAUAACGUCGUCCCCGUCGCGCCUGUCUCACAAGGAGCGCCUCCACAUCAACUCCUGGGUCAAGCUCUGCCCAACCAUGCGCGUCGUCAAACUCCUUUCUGGUGCGGAAUGGCGGGCAUAG